AUGAACGAUCAAUCUCAACUCAUUCCUGGUAUCGCCAACAAGGCAAAGAAGGAGAAACAGAAGAAUGCUGCCGCGGAGAAAGCUGCUGGAGAAGCGUCCGCGAAGGCAGCAAAGGAGGUGAAAGACAGCCCGGAAUUUAUCGAGCAUCGUAUCAAGAUCUACGAUGAACUGAUGGCUCAGUACCGCGAGGAAUUGGAAAAGAAGCCGAAAACCCCGAUAAAGGUAACACUUCCGGACGGCAAGGUGGUUGAGGGACAGAGUUGGCAGACGACACCGUACGAUGUAGCCCGAGGCAUCAGCCAGGGGUUAGCCGAUAAUACCGUAAUUUCGCGCGUCAACAACCAGCUGUGGGAUCUGGACCGCCCGCUCGAGGGUGACUGUAAACUGCAGCUGCUCAAGUUCGACGAUCCCGAGGCGCAAGCCGUCUUCUGGCACAGUUCGGCACACAUUCUGGGCGAGGCGAUGGAAAACCGUUACGGUGGCCACCUGUGCUAUGGGCCGCCGAUCGAGAAUGGGUUCUACUACGACAUGUUUCUCGAGGGUAGUGGCAUCUCGAACCAGGACUACGCUCCGCUCGAGUCGGAAGUGAAACGAAUCGUGAAGGAGAAGCAACCGUUCGAGCGGCUGGAGAUGAAAAAGUCGGAUCUGCUGCGCAUGUUCGAGUACAACCAGUUCAAGGUUCGCAUUCUUAACGAGAAGGUAACAACGGAAACAACAACCGUUUACCGGUGUGGUUCGCUGAUUGAUCUGUGCCGUGGGCCGCACGUGCGCAACACGGGCAAGGUAAAGGCACUGAAAGUGGUUAAAAACUCAUCUACUUACUGGGAGGGUAAAGCGGACGCGGAAACGCUGCAGCGCCUUUACGGAAUUUCGUUCCCGGACCCGAAGCAACUGAAAGAAUGGGAACGCAUUCAGGAAGAGGCCGCCAAAAGGGAUCACCGGAAGCUGGGCAAGGAGCAGGAGCUGUUCUUCUUUCACGAGCUGUCCCCGGGAUCGUGCUUCUUUCAGCCGAAGGGGGCCUUCAUCUAUAACGCGCUGAUGAACUUUAUUCGCGCCGAGUACCGCAAACGUGGUUUCCAGGAGGUUAUCUCGCCCAACAUGUACAACGCCAAGUUGUGGCAGACGUCGGGCCACUGGCAGCACUACGCCGAGAAUAUGUUUUCGUUCGAGAGCGAAAAAGAAACGUUCGCACUGAAACCGAUGAACUGUCCCGGCCACUGUUUAAUCUUCGACCAUCGGAACCGAUCGUGGCGUGAAUUGCCACUGCGGAUGGCGGACUUUGGUGUGCUGCAUCGAAACGAACUUUCCGGUGCACUGACUGGAUUGACACGUGUCCGUCGUUUCCAACAGGACGAUGCGCACAUCUUCUGCAUGCCUGAGCAGAUCCGCGAAGAGAUUACGGGUUGUUUGGACUUUCUGCGCCACGUUUACACCGUGUUCGGAUUCACCUUCAAUUUGGUGCUUUCAACGCGUCCUGAAAAGUACCUCGGUGAGGUUGAGGUGUGGAACGAAGCGGAAAAAGCACUGGCCGAGUCGUUGAAUAAGUUUGGCGAACCAUGGAAAGAGAAUCCGGGCGAUGGGGCGUUCUAUGGACCGAAGAUCGACAUUACGAUCAUGGAUGCGCUCAAGCGUCACCAUCAGUGCGCCACGAUUCAGCUCGACUUUCAGUUGCCGAUUCGAUUCAAUCUAAACUAUGUCGACGAUAACGGCGAGAAGAAGCGCCCGGUCAUCAUUCACCGUGCGGUACUCGGGUCCGUUGAACGGAUGAUCGCAAUCCUGACGGAGAAUUAUGCCGGCAAGUGGCCAUUCUGGCUAUCGCCACGGCAAGUGAUGGUGGUUCCGGUGGGUCCGGCGUACGACGAGUACGCUGACAAGGUUCGCCAGAGGUUGCAUGACGCUGGUUUUAUGGUCGAAGCGGAUCUCGACGCGGGCGAUACGAUGAACAAGAAGAUUCGAAACGCCCAACUAGCGCAGUUCAACUUUAUUUUAGUGGUGGGUGAUAAGGAACGCAGCUCGGAAACGGUUAAUGUUCGCACGCGUGACAAUAAGGUUCACGGUGAGGUCACGGUUGAUGUGCUGGUGAGCAAGCUUACGAAGCUUCGUGACGAAUACGUCCUCGCCGAAGAUCAGUUCUAAACGUCCUGCUCAGCCCCCGAGUCUCGGUACUAUUCUCCACCAGCGGAAGGAAGCCUAAGAGUCGCCCAUAAACAUCCUACAAUAUAUCAGCAAACGUUCUUUGCCAGAGGAAUACUUCCCAUGUCUACUUAAAUGCUGCGAAGUGAUGGAAUACUAUUGCUCUAUUAUUUUUCGAAACCCGUAAAUUAUUGUUCUUCAUGGGAACCACGCUACACAAUAUUGGAUAGAAAGAUGGAAUAAAGUUUAUUCGUAAAACGCAACGGA